UCCAGUAUCGUCAAACCCUCGAUCGAACACUCUCCUGCUCGCUCCGGCGGCGCCCUCUCCUCUUCAUCCUUUCACCUCCGGCCAUCCGCGGUCGACUACGCCUCCUCUCGAUCCGACUUCCCUUUUGUGGGAACAAAAGUGCCUCCGGAACGUUUCCGAAUCGCUUGCUUCCCGGCUCACACUCCUCUCUGGAUUCCAUCGGAUGAUGGCGGCGGCGGCGGAGAAGAAGAAUAGGAAGGUGGGAAUCAGCGAGGAAGAUGUGUCCUUGCUCCUUCAAAGGUACAGUCCAACAACAAUUCUUACUCUUCUCCAAGAGGUUUCUCAGGUUGCCAGUGUAACAAUAGAUUGGAAUGCACUUGUCAAAAGAACUGCAACAGAAAUUACCAGUGCUCAAGAGUACCAGAUGCUGUGGCGCCAUUUGGCCUACCAUCAUGAUUUGUUGGAAAAGAUUGAUGAUGGAGCUGAACCUUUGGAUGAUGAGAGUGAUCUGGAAAUAGAAGUAGAAGCUGUUCCUGCUGCAAGUAGUGAAAUCUUGUCUGAAGCUGCAGCAUGUGUCAGGGUAUUGAUGUCCUAUGGCCUACCACGGGAACAUAGCUUAACAAAUCGUACAAAUGCAGAAGCUUCUUCAUCUCUGAAUGGAUUCAGUGAUCAGACUUUACGAGUUCCAUUAGACAAGCAGCAACAGUCACGAGCCAAUCGUGGAACUAAUGUUACAGUUGCUACUCUUCAGAGGCAGUCUCUGGCCAUGGGAACAUCAACUGAAGGAUUUGAAGGAAAUGGAUCUGGUUCCAGCUUUCCUCCAAAAAAGAAGAGAAAACUAUGGACCAAAGAGGAGGAUAUGGAACUAAUAGCUGCAGUUCAAAAGUUUGGUGAAGGGAAUUGGUCAAACAUUCUCAAAGGAGAUUUCAAGCACAACAGAACUGCUUCACAGCUAUCACAGAGAUGGGCCAUUAUUAGGAAGCGUGAUGCUAACUUACUUCAAGGUUCCAGUAACAAGUUAGCCAGCUCAACACGGUCCGAGGAGAGGCUGGCAACACAAAAGGCAAUAUCCUUGGCACUUGAUAUGCCUAAAUCUGGAAGAUUAUUGGCUAUACUAUCAGGUGGAACACAAUCAAUUGCAACUUCAAGUUCUCCUGCACUUUCAACUGCUCCAUCUGAUGCGCUGCCAAUUUCAAGUCCCCCGCCUAACCAACAACAACAAGCUUCUCUGGCUAUUUCUCCAAAAAUAACCAUGAAUACUUUGAACAAACCUCAGACAAUCCCAAAGAAGUCUUUGGUUUCUGCUAAGCCCUCCGUUGGUCCAAACUCUUUGAUACAAGCUGCUGCAUUUGCUGCAGGAGGGCGCAUUGCUACUCCUUCAACCGCUGCCUCCUUGUUCAGAGCUGCACAAUCAAAAAAUGCUGUUCACAUCAGACCUGGAGGAGGUGCUCGAUCUUCUCCAAUCAACAAUGUUAAACCAUUAACUCUGGCUAACACAACAGGCCAACAGUCCAUGAGUGCUCGUUCCAGUAGAGUUACUGCUACUAUACUUGCACCAUCCCAGGCAAAUCCUAUGUCAGUGUCACCUAGGACCAAGCUAGGAGGUCCUCAAGUGCAAGGCUGCCAUGGAAAUGCUGCAAACAAUCCUCUUAAUGUCACAUCGACAAAUCAAGGGACAAACAUAGAAUCCACUUCAGACACUCUUUCCCCUGAAAUAUCCGAGAAAAAUGACGAUGCAGAUAGUUCUGCCAUUGAUGUGGAUGACUUACUGGUUGAAGAAAUAAAAUGUGAAGAUGACAUGGAAUUCGAUGAAAUAAUGGCUCCAGACCAACAGAUGGACCUGCUCAUUGGGGAUAUUAGUGCAAAUGAGGACAAUGAUUUUGACAGCGCUUAUGAUGCAGAAGCUACUUCAGACAAGCAGUUGGAUGAAAAUGAGAACAGAACUGUGAACGAUGUACUCCCCUCUGAUAUAGACACUACUGAGAACAAGAGUUUGGAAGUUAAUGAUAGUGAGGAUCACAUUCCAACUGAGGAGAGGCCUACUUUGCUCCAUGACGAGUCUAACAAGAGUAACUGUGGGGAACAUGUUUCGCUUGAGAAUAGGACUACUUCACCUAUUUGCAAUGAUCGGAAUGAUAAUGCAGAAGAGUUAAAUGGUGCAGAAAUUAUGGCGGAGAAAGCUGAAAGCUCCAAGGAACUUCAUCUGGAUCCGACACAAGAAGAUGCUUCUUCAGGUGGAAAGUUACUCAACAAUGAUGAUAGCAUUGCUAUAAAUGCCAAACAGGCUGAGCCAGGUGAGUCGAAGGUAGCGGAGGAGGAUCUAACACAGGGAGAUUAGUGCAAGUGCUUGCAAGUGAGACUUUAUUACCUUCUGCAACAUGGAAACCUCGUAGUGAAAGGACUUUUGUUGAUUGCUUUUUAGUCAAUGCUACUGGAGUUAGAACUUGGUGUUUUUGAUUCCUCUGUGAUGUAUUUGAUUUUCAGGGAUAUUUUCGCAUUGUCAUGGAAUAAUAAUUCUCAAGUAUGAACAUAAAACAAAUUUGAUUAA